AUGCAAUUCCCACUUGAAGAUACUGUUGCUGAGAAAGCUACAGCUUUCCGCUUUGAAUAUCGCAUCCGCCCUUUCCCACAUUUUGCCGGCAUACGGAAGAUCCUAAAGGCAGGUCGUGAAGUGAUAUUUCAUGGUUUCAUUCACGACUUCAACAAGACUUCAUUGAACUGGGUAGUUAUUGUCAACAAGAUAUCAUUGACGAAUGGCUCACAGCAGGGAAAGGAACCGUUCAAGCCACGUUACUCAGUUCCAAAAGGACUCACCAGUAACACAUUCAGCAAGAGAAACGAAAAUGUUGUUCCUGACUCUGACAAAGAUGACAAGGGCAUCUCCCAUCAUUACAUCGAUAACGCUUCUACGUCAGGUAGUUCCAACGGACAAACCAAGCCCCCAAACCUCCCUUUCCCUCCUUCUGAUUUCAAUUCGUCCUCUUAUCUGCCCGCUUCCAAAGCAGCCACAACUUCUCCCCCUAAGAAGCGUGCCCGGGCUACUCCCAAGAAGCGUGCCACAAGGGGCAAAACCCUAGACAUAUCCAAUGAUUAA